UCCCUUCUUGUAAAGGGGAGGCUGUUUUAUUGGAAAAUAACCUCGUUCAGCCCAUUAACUGCAUGCUGCAUGUCGGGCAGAUCGAAAACCUCCAUGCAAAAAGCUGAUGCAGAAGACUUCUUUACAUUUGAUGGAUAUUUUCUCUGCUUAUUGCAUAGUAAUGAGCUUCUGACAGGCGCGACCUUUCAUAAGACAGCCCACAUUAUUGGCUUUCUGCCCAGAAUAUUGCUGCAACAUUAUCUGUGAUUGGUUAUCUUCCUAUCAUGCAUUGCUUCACAAGGGAAGCUGCCUUUUUUUUUUUUUUUAAAUAAACCUACGAUGGCUGGCUGCAAUAUGCUACUCUGUUGGUACUAAGAAGUGCCUUUCCUGACGUCUCUGCUGCUUGGACCCGCUUGUAGAGCAGCUUCUGCUUUUUUGCCUUGCUUGCUGCCAGCUACACUGCAACGAGAGCCCAGCCACCCUCCUCAUCUAGACAACCCCCCUCCCCAAUUCUGUUCUUAAUCAAGAGAAAUCCUGGUGCAUAAGGCACCGUCUUAUACUGUUCUGUAGUAGAAUCCAAACUGAGGUAUCUGCUUCUGUAAGACGAAAUCAAGGACAGACAGACACAGGGGAUAGAGAGAGAGGGAGAGAACACCUCUAUUAUUAUCCUACAGCAAAGCAUCUAUAUAUGCCAAGCUAAUCAAUACCCAACCCGACCGAAUCGCCAGUUCAGCUGCGUGGAGAUUACCUCUCAGAAAACUUUAUACUGAGAGGACUUUUUGAAAAAUUUAUUCCGGCGCAGGGGCUGCCACGUUUUCAAGCUUGCAUUUUGGGUUGACUAUCGGAACACCGAAUGGGCAACUGAAAGUACGGAGAAGUUGCGGGGCCUGGGCAAUGAUACUCACCACCGAAUGAUUUUAAGAUCACGGAUCACAUCAUCUCUGAAGAACGAGAGCGGGACAUCUGUAUGCAGAUACGCACAGCACAGAUUUACAAUUUAAAAACCACACGGAAAAAAAAAAGAGAGGACGACUGGAAUUUGCCUUUAUCUCUCGACUUCAGAGACGUGGUUGUUCUUCUUCGUUUUCUUUUUAAAAAACUACCUUUAAGUUUUAAGUAUGGCUGUUAGCGUGGCACCGAUUCGGGACACAAAAUGGCUAACGUUGGAAGUGUGUCGGGAGUUCCAGAGAGGGACUUGUUCACGGCCAGACACAGAAUGUAAAUUUGCACACCCAUCAAAAAGCUGCCAAGUUGAAAAUGGACGAGUAAUUGCCUGCUUUGAUUCAUUGAAAGGUCGCUGUUCACGAGAGAACUGUAAAUAUCUCCAUCCACCACCACACUUAAAAACACAGCUAGAGAUAAAUGGACGGAAUAACCUGAUUCAGCAAAAGAAUAUGGCCAUGCUGGCCCAGCAAAUGCAGCUAGCCAAUGCAAUGAUUCCUGGUACCCAACUUCAACCUAUGCCAAUGUUCUCAAUGGCACCAAGCCUAGCCACCAAUGCAACAGCAGCCUUUAAUCCAUACCUGGGUCCUGUAUCACCGGGCCUAGUACCAACUGAAAUCCUUCCUACAACACAAGUGCUUGUUGCCGGAAACCCUGGAGUCGCAAUGCAACCGUCUGCCGCACAGAAGUUGAUGAGAACCGACAGACUGGAGGCGGCCAGCUACAAUCAGGCAGCUGCAGUACGAGCUUCCCCACGUUGCCCAACCAAUGACCUCAACCCUGAACUGGAGGGAGCACCCUCUUUAUGGGUGAGAGGUAGUUCAGUCUCCAUGCCAGCUCAAUCCUGGGCCUCUCCAGAACAGAGACUGCCAGUUGUGCCAAAUUAUGUGUGGUGGUUUUAUGAUGUGGACUCCUGCCCUCUGGGAAGUGAGCUGAGACCAGCAAACUCAUUUCACUUAGGACAUCAAGCUGGACUUGACCCCCGGUCUCAGAAGAGAAAGGUUUGUCGAGAGUAUCAACGUGGCAACUGUAACAGAGGAGAAAAUGAAUGCAGGUUUGCGCACCCAUCUGAGAGUGCAAUGAUCGACACCAAUGAUAACACCGUUACCGUGUGUAUGGAUUAUAUUAAAGGAAGGUGUUCACGGGAAAAGUGCAAAUACUUCCACCCCCCUGCACAUUUGCAAGCCAAGAUAAAGGCUGCACAAUACCAGGUCAACCAGGCUGCAGCUGCUCAGGCAGCAGCAACCGCAGCAGCCAUGACUCAGUCGGCUGUCAAAUCACUGAAGCGAAACCUCGAGGCAACCUUUGACCUGGGAAUUCCUCAAACUAUACUUCCCCCAUUACCAAAGAGGCCUGCACUUGAAAAAACCAAUGGUGCCACGGGAAUGUUUAAUACGGGUUUUUUCCAGUAUCAACAGGCUCUUGCCAACAUGCAGCUCCAGCAGCAGGCGGCUUUUUUCCCACCAGGCUCAAUUUUGUGCAUGACACCCGCUGCAAGUGUUGUUCCCAUGGUGCACGGUACAGCGCCCGCUACUGUGUCUGCAGCAGCAACAUCUGCCACAAGUGUUCCCUUCGCUGCAACAGCCACAGCCAACCAGAUACCCAUAAUAUCUGCAGAUCAUCUGAGUAGUCACAAGUAUGUUACACAGCUCUAGAGGUCAUGUCCUGAUGCAAUUAUGCUAAGGGGACAAGGAACUUGAAGAAAGUACAGGCCAAGGCCAUUAGCCAUAGUAUGCAUACAGUACAAACAAGAAACACAGCAUUGCCCACAGAGACACACUUUCAUCUUGCAUGCCAAACAAUGCCUAAAUCAACAUGGAUCCCAUUACACACAUUACAGUAUAUAAUUUGUACAUUUUAUUUUUCUUAAUAUUUGUGCUAAAGUGAAAUUUCUAUUCAAACGUGAUACAACAUAUCCUGUCUUUUCUCACAGAGGUUUGCAUGCGUACAUCUCUUAGCGGAGGCCUAGCCAGUCUUUACAUCAUCUGUGCCAAAUAUUCAAUUUUCUGCCUCUGGCACCUCCAUGGCACUCAGCACUGGGGUAUACCACAUACCCUGUCACACCCCCUCCAGCUAUGCCCCUGUCAAUUAAGACUAAUCAAUAUUUGCUUUCCGAGUUGAAAAUUCUGACUAUGUUGUACUUGGUUAUUUACAACGUGUUGGUACGUCUUUAGACCAAGAUUAUAAUUUUUUAUAUAUAUUUUUUCUUUUAAGGUUUACAAAUAACAAAGGGUGCACCUUGUCUUUGAAGUUACCAUUGUAGCUGGGAGUAUGCAUGCAAACUAGUUUUACAAGGAUGAUAUUUUCCUGCUCUAGAUUGUAACAGGGGGCAGGAGGUCUGACACAGAUGAAUGUGCCAAGCAACCCACUGCUGUGUAUGUUUUUAAAACACAUUAAGGCUUUAAAUAUGGAAUUACUAUUUGUGCCCAUAAAGUGCCAUUGAGUGUGCAUCAUUAUAUUAUAGUAUUAUUGCAACAGUGUUAUUUUUUGUAUGCAUAAAAAACACAUUUUCUAUGUUACAAUGGAUUAGUCAUAGGCACUGUUAGAUUUGCAAAGCCAAAGUUCUCGCUGAAAUGAGUUUACCUGAACCAAACCUGUGAGGUUGACAUCAUAGAAAUGCCAUCUUUUUUUGUGGUUUUAAACAAACAUGCCAGGGAAAACAGGAAAUGCCAUAGUGGGUGGAUGCCAUGUAUUGUGCAACCAAUCAGAUUACACAUUUCAUUUUUCAGAGCUACUUUAUAUAAAAAAAGGUGGAAUAUGAUUGGUUGCCCUGGCCAGCAAAGCCUUUUUUCCUUUACGCCAGUUUUGAUAACUCUCCUCAAACAUUUUUUAACAAAUUCUAAUUAUUUAUGUUACAUUAGGGGCUCAUUCACACGACUGUGCCAUGUUUUGCGGUCCGCAAAUUGUGGAUCCACAAAACACGGAUACCGGCUGUUUGUUUAUGUUCUGCAAUUUGUAGAAUGUAAUGGGCUGCCCAUGAUAGAAAUGCCUAUUCUUGUCUGUAAAACGAACAAGGAUAGGACAUGUUCUAUUUUUUGGGCAUUGAAGGGAAUGGGUCCGCACCCGAGCCACAAAAAAUGUGGCUUGGAUGCGGAUCCAAACAAUGGUUGUGUGAAUGAGCCCUAAACCUUAUGAAAAAAAUCGUAGGAUAUAUUAUAUUACCAGAAGAACAUAUAGUUCCAACAACUGAUUGAGACCACUUUCAUCAAGUCAGUAUUUGGUCAGUAAUUUCCAUCAGCAUUUGUUUGCCAAAGCCAGAAGUGGAAUCUCCGAAAUGAAGAGUAUAAUGGAAAAAUGCAUACCUCCUCUUCCUCUAAUGCAAAAUACUGACCAAAAUGCUCCUGUGUGAUAGUGGCCAUAAAUUAGUUUUAAUAACAUUCUAUCGUUAGAAUAGACCAUUGAUCUGUAAGGAUGGGGGGCUUUGUUCUGCUAUCAGACCACUCAAUCACAAAUUGACAUCCUGUUAACCCAUAAUGUAAAACCUUCUUACUUGUUUGGCUUUUACAGUAUACUAAGGAACCAGUAUACUUCUGUCACCCGAAUAACCUUUAACCAAUAAUAAGCCAGAGAAGUGAACUUCAUUUUAGUCAUUUGGAAGACAUAUUGUAUGAAAUUUUACAAUGAUCUGAGUCUUCUUCUCUACAGGCAGAAUGCAGGCUGCCAACAUUCAAAAUAAUUAUGUUUUAAGGGAUUGUCCUAGAUUUUGGUAUUGAUUGCCUAUCCUCAUGAUAAGUCAUCAAUAUCUGAUGGAUAAGGGUCCCAGUCCUAGCACUCCCAUUGAUCAGCUGUUUGAAGAGACUGCGGCACUCAGGUGAGCUCUGCAUCCUCUUCUUAGGUCUGUGUGUAGCUCAGUCCCAUUCAAUACCAAGCUCUCCAAUGUAGAGCGGUGAGCUUGAUAAGCUCCUCAAACAGCUGAAUGAUGGGGGUGCCGGUUAUCAGAUUCCCAGCAAUCUGAUAUUGAUGAUCUAUCCUGAGGAUAGGUUCUUAACAUUAAACACCUGGAAUAUCCCUUUAACAUAAAAAUUUGUGGAGCUCAACUUGUUCAUGAAAAUACAACCCACAUCUCUCAACUAUUCCUGUGUUCCUUUUAUUUGAAGGAUUGGUCAGGAUCUCAACAGUCUUGUGGUGGGAAAAGUCCUUUAAGGAAUUGACUAUACACAAUAUACUGUCUAAUAUAUUAAUUUCGGACUCCCAAAGGUGAAUGUACACAUUAAGCAAAUACCUAUGAUUAUUACCCUCUUUUGUUAAUGAAUGUUUUUAUCACAAUUCCAAUGCUUAAUCAAUCAUCACACGUUGCACUUUUUAUUGCCUUAGCAUGCAUUUUAGAGUAAUAGCAUGGAUCCAUUCUGUGACAAUAUAUUGCAGACCCCUAAAUAAAUGACAAAACAUAACCUCACAAACUAUAAGGACAUAGCGUGAACAUAUAGGCAAGUGAUUCAGCAACAUUCAUUCUAAUAUAGAUUUAUAAAUGUAUAUGGAAAUUAUACAAAGAUGGAUCCAAAAUAAUCCUGUCACAUAAUACACUUACUCUGUUAUUAAAUGCUGCUACUCCCAUCCCCUUCAAAACUAUUUAGGGCUGUGCUGUAUAUAUGUACCAUAGAUAAGCAUAUACAACAUAGUAUUCAUUUAAGAAUACCAAUAUUUUACACCUAGUAUGUACAUUACAUACAGUAUGCACUAACCUGAACUAUAGAGAAACAUUUAGACUUUUUAUGAUUGUGUGUAAAUAUAUAGAGUCAUAUAUAAUAUAUUCGAUAAAAUAUAUGUGUUUUUAAAUAAGUGAUAAUUACUCAGAAGACUGGUCACAGGUGUGCAUUCAGUGAUGUGCUAUUUCUGUGAUGUCAGAGUACAAGUUAUUACAGCAAUUUUAUUCUAGUUGUGAAUAAUUGGUAGGAGUCAAUCUUCACGAAGGUUCAGUAAACUCAUAGAUAUGAAAUUACCCAUAUGACAAAAAGUACCAAAAACUACAGUUCUUUCAACGUAUGCAUUUUUCUGAUUUGAUGUAGAACAUUUGAAUUGUAUUCCAUGGAUGAACUUUGUAUUUUGCUAGUGGACACGUGUGCAAUGCAUUGGCUGGGUAGGUAGCCUUUACUAUUUGGUUCAAGGAAUAUCAGCCAAGUUAUUAAUUUCCUACAGUAAGAUAAUGAUAUAAUAAAUGCUAUAGGACAGGAUCAUAACAUGGAUCAUGUCAUUGUCCACUCAUGUGCAGUACAGUGUAUAUUCAGUGUGAUGAAUCUGGGGCAUUAGUACCACCUUAUUCUAGCUUGUAGAUCCUAUACAAAACAAGUUAAUAAUUCACCUUAAGAAAACAUGGGCUAAUGUGAGCCCAAGGUAGACUGGGGUAGAUGCUUUGGUUCACUAGGUUUUGAGAGUGGUAUGGAGUCAGACCCUCAGGGCUAUAAUGGUCAUGAGCUGUUUACCAACCACCAUAUUUACAAUGCACUAAAUAAAAGAGGAUGUCCAAUCAUUCACUAUUGAUAGACCAUCAAUAUCUGAUCAUCCAGGGUCCAACACCCUGCACUACUAGAAGUCAGUGCUGAAACUGCACAGCUCAGUCCAUUAUGUAGCAGGCAGAGCUGGUUACUGCAGUGGUGCUCCUAUUGAAGUGAAUGGGAGCAGGGAUGUAUUUCAAAGCCCUGUCCACUGAUGUAGCUGUGCAUUUCCGGCAUCGGAUCUACUCUGAAACAGCUGAUUGGCAGGGGUGCAUGGUGUUGAUCCUCCGUUGAUCAGAUGUUGAAGGCCUCAAUAGUAAAGAACUAGACAAUCCCUUCGAGGGUCAUAAUAUACUUGCUGAUUUAACAUGAUGCUGCUGAGCAGAAUUUGAUCUAAUAUGUCACCUGCAUCUAAACGUUAAUGCAUCUUAUCUAAAAUAUAAUGAAUCUGACUCAAAGGCUGUAUGUUCUAUCUGGCCAGUGGACCAUGGAAACUGGAAAGUCCACUUCAUCCAGCCUAUGCAUUGCUUUGCCUUAAUAGCAAAGAACCCAUAUAUUUUAGCAUUGACAAAGUUUUCCUCAUACAAAAAUAUUUAAUGUAGAAAAAUAAAAUGUUCUAUUAACUGUUCAUCCAUUUCAUCCUAUUGCUAAGAACCUGCACCCAUGAAAUCUUUACACACAGAACUGGAUGCAGGACCCUCAGAGUCACAAAUACUUAUGAUUGAGAUACAUGAUAUAACAAUCACUUUAGUUAUGGGGCUGAAGACAAGAUUAAUGAUUGUACUGUGCAUCUAUUAAAGCCUUAGAUUACAUUACGGGUUAUAACCCAAACCAAUGUAAUUUCAGUUGUGUUAAGAAAGUUUAAGUGACUUUGCAUUUUAUGAUAAUUACUUACAUCAUUGAAAUAGUUAUUUUUUUCUUGUUAAAAUGUAAUUUUUAAUUUCAUACAUUUAUUAGAAUGUUUUCAUUUCUAUUGCAAGUUAAAUACUGUUAAGUUUGUAGGUUUUUUUUUCUCAUUGACAUAGGUUUUACUGAAAAAAAAUUCAAAAUAGAAAAAAAAAAAGUAGUUUUAUUUUCUUCAUACCAUACUCAGUUCUAAAUUUACAUGUAUUGUCAUAUAAGUAUUUGUAUUAUUGUUAACAAAAUGAUUUCUAUUUUACUGACUUAAUAUUGCAAUGUAAGAAUAUCAGUCAUUGUUAGUUUUCACUAAGAGAACAAAGAUCUUUUGUAUGGAUAUCUUAUAUUAUGUAAUCAUUAAAAGUAAGGUGAUACGUUGUUGCUACGGCAACCAUCCUGGCAGACAAGUAAUAUUUUGAUGAGUUAUUUUGUUUGUAAUUAGUUAUGAUAAAAUAGUUCCUAGAUAUUAGAAUAAAAAUUUAUUUUCUACUGUAUCCAUUUCAAAUGUUAAGAUAUUGUUUUAAUAUUUUUGGAAAUCCCUGAAUAUCAGGCCUUGUUAUAAAUAAGCUGCAUAAUCAAUAAAUCAAGGGACUUUUUUUGUUGAUAAUCCAAAUAUUCAAAGUUUACGUAGCGAGUAAGAGUGUGCAAACUCUUGAAGGUUGAUCAUGCUGCAAUUUUGCAUGUCGGAAAAGAUAGGGAGAAGUUGACUUUUUGCACUUCUGUAUAUAGUCAAAAUAAAGAGAGAAACAUGUAUUAUAGUAAGAUCUUAUUUUGAAUAAAAAUGUCUAUAAUUACAAGGAGUUUUGUUAAGGCUUAUAAAUGACAGACUAAACAAAAUUGCUUGCAAAGUGGCACAGAGGUAGCACUCCAUACCCCAUAAAAAGUUGCUUUGCUUUAUGUGAUCAGCUUGUAGUUUGCAAGGAAUUUUUAGCUGGGCAGAUAUACCAUUAUUCUAAGAUCAUAUGACUUAAAGAUACAGACCCACUGGUCCACGUCUGCCUGAGCAGCAUCAUACAAGCAGUGCAGAUAUUCCAGCCAUUGAAAGGUAGUCAUGGAUCAAGUAAUCCAUCCAUUACUCGAACAAACAACUGCAUGUUUAAAAUAUCACAGAAAAACAAACUAUAUUAAGGGUAUAUAACUAUUCAAUUUCUGACAGAUUUGUAGUUUAUCAUUCACAAGAUAUACUGAACUUACGGAGUUUCACAAACCUUAAAGUGCACCUGUCACCUAUACAUAGCGGAGGAGGCUGUUUUAUGGGCGGAACAAAUAAUACAGAGAUAUGAUGCACCUUGUGCUUCAGUGAUGCUACCAAAGACACAAUGGGUCAGUUGCCUGUGACUUGUGAAAUCACGACUGAUUGAGCAUAAAAAGCUAUCAAUGGAGCACAAAAGUAGUACCGAUGCAAAAGGAUGACCCGGGAUCUCCUAUGUUGGGUUCUCAGGCUUCCAUUCAUUUUUUUCUAAAUGCAGACCCACUGAAGAUCAGCUGAUAAAAACAAGUCCAGCAACUGAAACCUUCGGCCACGACACCUUUUCUUGCAGCAGCCAUUGUAGGAGAAAUGUAGUAUUACAUGCCAUUCAUUAACAUGAACAGGUCUCCAUGUUAUAUAUGGCCAUGCAAAGUUCACCACAGUGGAGCCUCCUCUCUGGCUUAUGGAGAAGGCCCCCAAGAGGCUGACUUUCAACCUCCACGAUGUUCAUACAGCUGUAGUAAGUGCCAGAUGGUGCAUUACUCUACUUACAUAGAAAUAUAGUUGAUAAAGUUGAAAAAGGACACAGAGCCAUCAUCUUCAACAUAUUAUUCUGUUGAUCCAGAAGAAUGGAAAAAUCAACCAUGAGGCUAAUGCCAUUUGCUUCAUAAUAUGGCAAAAAUGCUUUCCUCAUACUAAAUAUGGUGAUCAGAAUAAAUCUCUUGAUCAACAUCCCACUUGUUCUAAUAGUAUGUGUAUUAGAAUAGCGUGCUAUGAAACUGGUUGGUGCUUCAUACAUCUAAGUGUCCUAAUAGUGCAUAUAAAAAUGCUUUAUCUAAAUGUUGUAACCCCUUCAAAACAUCAAUAGCCACAUUUUCAUGGGUAUUUGUUUGGUGCACAAAAUAGAGACCUCCACUGUGUUUCUGUGAAAUGUACACUUUAUAUUCAUUAGCAGGCAAAACAAACAGCGCACAUUAGCUGCAGUAGUAGUGUGAUUUUAUAUUUAAUUUGCUUUUAAUUGUUCUUUUAGCAGAUGAUUUGUAUAUAAGUACUUAAUAAAUUGCACUCACCAAACAGUAUAUUGUUGUAAACCAAAGCUAAAAUUUAUUAUUGCUAUUAUUAUUGUUAUUAUUAUUAUUGUUAUUAAUAUUAUUGGACCAUUUUAUUACCCAGAAGUCACACUGGCAAAUACCUAAGUUGCACUUAAAUUGAAUUGUUAGACUCUUCAUCUGCUAGAAGGACAUAUGUGCUUGAUUUUGCAGUUGUAUAACCACAAGCUUACUUUUUUGCUAGUAGUUGCUGAAACCUAUGUACUCCGUCUUCGGCUGCAGUUUUUUAUGCUUAUUUUAUUCUUACUGCUAAUAGUUGAUCAUGUUGUAUGAAAAUAAAGUGAAAUUGCCCUAAUAAAACUUACCUUUCUGGA